UAUAUAUAUGUAAUUGACGCCAAAGUUUCAAAACAGCUGCAAAGAUGGACUACAUCACACUCCCUCGAACUGACAUUAAAGUGUCUCGUAUAUGUUUAGGAUGUUGGCAGAUGAAUGACAACAAAGCAAAUGCUUCUUGGGAAGCACAGACAUAUGAGACCUCAAAAGCAUGUGUAGAUAAAUGUUUGGAACUAGGAAUCAACUUUUUUGAUACAGCAGAGGGGUAUGCAGGGUCAGAAGAAGUGUUGGGAAAAUGUCUACAGGGACGACGACAAGACGCUGUCAUUGCCAGCAAGUUUGGUUUCAGGGAGGGGCCAUUUACCCCAGCAUAUAGUGCCGUGCAGAUUGAUGAAUCUAUCACUAAAGGUCUACGCAAAUUGCAGACAAAUUACAUAGAUCUGCUGCAGGCACAUUUCCCAAGCUUUAUUGAGAACACAGAUGAGGCUCUCACAGAACUGAAAAGACAAGUAUCACUGGGAAGGAUAAAGAGCUUUGGUGUUUGUAACUUUGGACCUAAAAACUUGAAGACAUUGCUGGAUAAAGAUCCCUCUUUUCUUCCAGUUUCUAAUCAGAUAUGCUACAAUUUAUUGUGGCGAUCUGCUGAACCUGGCAUCUUGCCAAUUUGUAAGGAGAAAGACAUAGCCAUUUUAGCAUACAGUCCACUGCAGCAGGGUCUUCUUAGUGGUAACUAUAUGACAGUGGAUGAUGUACCUAUGGGCAGGAGGAGAGGCAAACUGUUUUCACCCGAGAGUUGUAGUCUGGGUCGACAUGGAACUCCAGGAUGUGAGAAGGAAUUGUUUGAGGCUCUUCAAUCAAUGAAAGGUCUCUGUACCAAGGCUAAUGUACCAAUGGCUAAAGCUGCUUUAUCCUGGGUCAUGCAACAACAAAAUAAACCAGUGGUCAUUGUAGGUUGUAGAACACCAGAACAGGUUGUAGAAAACUACAAUGUUGUUAAGAUAUCUGAUGAGCUUGUGAAGGAGCUAACAGACGCUACAGAGGCUUUGAAAGAUAAAGUUGGCUCAGCUCUCGACCAGUGGGCAACUCCAGAUAGGUGUGAAUAAGCUAGUCGCAGAACAGUCAACACGUCCCAACACAACCAGUAUUUCAUACACUUGUUGUUUGAAAAUUGCACAGGAAGGAAAAAUGGGAAAAUUGUUUGAAAGGCGAAUGUAAAGGAUGAAUUAGAACGAAUGUUAAGAAAUAUUUAUUUCAUUUGAAACAACUACAACAGUUACUAUACUUGAGUUAUAGUUCAAAUGGUCUACAUGUCACAUUUGCAAACAGUUUUUAAGUUUUAACUCACUUAUUUUUAUAUUGUGCCAGGCUUACAAAAGACCUGAAAAAAUAAUCCAUUACGUAGAUCAGUUAGUUAUCAAAUAAGGGGUUUACUAAUGGUUAAAUACUGUUUCACUUGUUAAACUAUAAAUAGGUUAUAUAUCACUUAUUGGCAGUCAAAUGAAUUAAGUUAUUGCUGUCAUGUUGCUGUGUUCCAUUACUUCAAAACUUAAUUUCAUUAGAAUGUCAAUAAGUGACUUAUACAUAUUCAUGAGAAUUUUACACUUGUCAUACUUUUCUUUAUUCCAAAUUGAAAAUUAUACUAUUCUUGCAUUAAUUUUUUUUUUAAUGUAACAAUGCAUACAGAAAAUAUAUAUGUAUAAUUAUACAAUCUCAGUGUUAAUUCAUGUGUAGUAAUUUUAUUUCUCAUCAAAGUGAUAAACAGUUAAAAACCAUUUGCUUAUUUCCCAAUUCCCCAAACAGUGCCAUUUAUAAUUUUACUUUCUUAACACAGCAUGUUGGUUAUUAUUGGGUAAUUCAUUGAUAAGGGGUAAUUUGGAUGAUUAUUAAACUGUAAUUUUUGCAAUAAAUUUGAUUUUUAUAAAAUUUUGAUUUUAAAUUGAUGUUGUUAUGUAUAUGUAUUUUUCAGUGAUUUAUUUGUGAUAAUUGAGUUAUCAAUAAAUGUAUCAAUUUAAGGUGGCAUGAGGUUAGAAAUCAUUAGAAGUAACAUAAUUAUGUUAUAAUAUGUAUGCAGGGCAAA